UGAGUAAAUGGCAACGCAGGCGGACUAGAUUGCAAAUAGCCGGCGUUUGAUAUAUUGUAAAACGACACUGUCAUUUGAAGGAUAUAAUCGCCUUACCUGUCUGUAGGACUUAGUAAUAGAAAAUGUCGCUAACAGUACAAAAAGUUGUCACUAAGCCCUAUGAUGACCAGAAACCAGGCACAAGUGGACUUAGGAAAGCUGUCAAAGUUUACCAGAAUCAGCCCAACUACACUGAAAAUUUCAUUCAAGCUACCCUCACAGCCGGUGUUGGUGACAAACUUAAGGGAAGUUCUCUCGUCGUCGGUGGUGAUGGAAGAUUCUAUGGCAAAGAAGCAACUGAGCUUAUCAUCAGAAUGUGUGCCGCAAAUGGGGUGUCUAAGCUGUUAAUAGGUCAGAAUGGCCUCCUAUCUACACCAGCAGUUUCACAUAUCAUCCGUAAAUACCAGACAAAUGGUGGAAUCAUCCUGACUGCAAGUCACAACCCAGGGGGUCCUAAUGGAGACUUUGGCAUCAAGUUCAACACAUCUAAUGGAGGUCCAGCUCCUGAAGCAAUAACAAACAGAAUCUUUGAAAUCACAAAAUCCAUCGAGUACGUGACAUGUCCAGACCUGCAGGCAGACAUCUCUACAAUAGGCACUCAGACGUUCCAGGUGGAGGGCAACACCUUCACAGUUGAAAUACUAGACUCUGUCAAUGAUUAUGUCACAUAUAUGAAAGAGAUCUUCAACUUUGACUCAAUCAAGACUUUCUUGGCAGGAGGCAAAGGAACACCUAUGAACAUCCUCAUCAAUGCUAUGCAUGGAGUUACUGGUCCCUAUGUGAGGAGAAUAUUUGUGGAUGAAUUUGGUGCGCCAGAAUCCAGCAUUAUCAACUGUGUCCCUCUGGAAGACUUUGGAGGUCACCACCCUGACCCUAACUUGACCUAUGCGGCUGACCUGGUGAAGGAGCUCCAGAAAGGACAGCAUGGUUUUGGUGCAGCAUUUGACGGGGAUGGGGAUCGGAACAUGAUCCUGGGACACAAUGCGUUCUUUGUGACGCCUUGUGACUCACUCGCCAUCCUGGCCAAUAACCUUGACUGCAUCCCAUACUUCCAGAAGACAGGGGUCAAAGGUUAUGCCAGGAGCAUGCCCACUAGUGGAGCAGUUGACAGAGUAGCAAAGUCCACAGGGAAGGAGUGUUUUGAGGUUCCAACUGGCUGGAAGUUUUUCGGUAACUUGAUGGAUGCUGGGAGAUUGUCCCUAUGUGGAGAGGAGAGCUUCGGGACAGGCUCAGAUCACAUCAGGGAGAAGGAUGGUGUGUGGGCGGUGCUGGCAUGGCUGUCUGUCCUGGCUCACACCAACAAGUCAGUGGAAGAACUGCUCAUGGAUCACUGGGGCAAAUAUGGCAGGAACUUCUUUACAAGACAUGACUAUGAGAACGUCGACACUGCCCCAGCCAAUCAGAUGAUGGCGAAUCUGAAUGCUCUGAUAGCUGACCCAGCCCUUGUAGGGAAGCAGUAUAGCUCAGGGGACAAGACAUAUGCAGUAGCUGUGGCCGACAACUUCUCCUAUACUGACCCCAUCGACAACAGUGUCACCAAAGGCCAGGGUGUGAGACUCAUCAUGUCUGAUGAUUCCCGUGUCAUAUUCCGACUGAGUGGCACAGGAAGUAGUGGCGCCACCAUCAGGCUGUAUAUUGAAGGAUACGAAUCUGACCCAGCAAAGUACAAACUGGAUUCCCAGGUUGUCCUUAAGCCAUUAAUGGAUAUAGCUCUACAAGUAUCUCAGCUGCAAGAACUCACAGGAAGAACAGGGCCAACAGUCAUCACUUGAGUCCUUGUUGUCAUGACAACUAGGACUGUAUAAUUAAGGCUUAAGAAUUUCUCCUGUCCACCGUGUUCUGCAAUCAUAGAUUCAGCAUUUGGCAAAGACAGCUUCCAAUCAGAAAUCCAUCUAUAAAACUUGCUUAUUACAUUAACCCAUGGCCUGCUUGUAGGGUGUACUUAUAAAUGAAGACCUGCUUCAUGAUCACAAAGCCAGUUGUUACUGGUUUAACAAUGUUUAGUACUUAUGUUUCCACAUGCAUAUUUUUCUUGCAGCCUAUUGCAACAUAUUUUCUGUGAGACUUGAACUAUAUUAUGGUGCAAUGGUUUUGAUAGAUGUGAACUGCUAAAUAUGGUCAACUGGUCAGUAAUUUGUUUCCAAAAUGUGAUGGAUGAAAUGUUUCUUUUUUCAUAAGCUUACAUGUUUUGUUCAAGUUUUACAGUCAUGUACGCUCCUCAAGAUGUGAUUUGUUCAAAUUUCAGUCAUUAAUACUCCUCGAGAGAUGUUUAACUACACACAGUUCUUUCAUAUUAGUAGUUAAUCUGUCAUGGCUACAGAUCUUUUCAUAUUACAUUAGUUCAUUCUGCCAUGGCAUGAAAAAUGACAUAUGAAAGAAAUUGAUGUUCCAUGACAUCUUUUGAGAAGUACCCAAGAUCAUUUUACCUCAAGAACUGUGUUCAUUAAUGGGCCUUGCUAUACCUACUUUACCUCAACAGCUGUCGUCACAAAGGAAAUCACACUGAGAUGAUUACACAUUAUCACUGCCAAAAGCUUUGCAUCGUGAUUUUCUGUUGUUUUUCUACUUCUGCCGAUAGUAGUGUCCAGUUUGUCUUUGUGUGUCUUUACCCUCAGUAUUCAUUCCUUAGCUCCUGCAGUCAAUGGAAGUACUCAGACAAACUCCUCGUUGCUCAGCAUAAUAUGGCCAGGAACAUCCAGGUACCCAAGAUGCAUUAUUGCAUGUUAACGACACUUUGUGCAGACAUACAUUGAACCAGUUAAAACAAAGCCGAGAUCAAAGAUAAGACAGCAAGAUGUUAUAAUGUGGCAGUCGUCUAAUAGCCAAAGAAAGCUAUCCAUUGUUUCCACCUAAAUCACUAUCCAUUGUUCAAACACUAACUCACUAUCCUUUUUUUAAAGCAUCAAUAGUAUAACUGUUAUAUCUAUUGUCAUUGUUCGACUAAUUUUUGUCAUGAGUUUGUAAAUGUUUAUUGUCAUGUUAAGUUGAUAUGACAUCUUGUUCUAUAUGCCAAAUUGGAAUAUAAAAGUUCUUCUGGAAUGUUUGCUGUUUAAUAAUACAGAUGUACGCUCUGAAAUAAAUUGUCUGAGAGUGCUCUGUUCCAAGCCCUUGUGAAUUCCAACUAGAAAUAGCCCUGGUUAUGAACUUUAUUACUGCACAAGACAAAGAUUCAACAAAGUUGAAUUUUAACGUGUUGACUAAUGUCAAAGUCGGCUCCCUUGGCUGUGCCACUGAUAUGGGUUUAAGUCCAAGAUCUGCCCUAUGGAUGAUCCUUGCUUUGUCUUAGCCAAAUAGUUGAUAUCUACAACCUGAUUUCAGUUGUUUUCCCACAAGCUAACACUGAAAUACGUCUUAUUGUUGAAUACAUCUCAAAUGAACGGGAAAGGUACAUUUCCUGGGCACAUUUGGCUCCUGAUAUAUGUUGCUGGAAGUUUGAAGACUGAAUUCUAAAAAAACAUAUGAGUGAUUAGUGAUGAUUUCUAUUCUUAAGUCAGACAUAAGGCUGAGGUUAAAGAUUGAUGAUGAAAUAUAUUUUACAUGUGGAGCAGACAUGACAGGGUUUUACUGAAGGGUGAACAGUUAUUAGAAAUAGUGAACAGGUGAAACGAUUCAAGGAUGCACUACAAUAUUCAUCUCAGUGAUGUGAUACAUGAUAUGAAACAUUCAUUACAGCCAUACAUCAUUUUAUAUAUUGAAUUAAUUAUCUGUUUUCAAGUUUGUUUUCACCUGGCAUUAUUAGUUUCGUCUAUUAGUGCAUGUGAUCAUGUAUUGUUUUGAAAUAACAUCUGACUUGAAAAAUUAUUUCUUUAAAUGAAGUUUUUGUUCGUCUUUCAUAUAAAAAUUAGAAGUGUUGUGAUACAAACUCAAAGUGUUCCCAGACUCGAUUAUUUACAGACCGCCACACAUAGCUGGAAUAUUGCUGAGUGCAACGUAAAACUAAACUCACUCACUCACUCACUCUGUUCCACAGUUCUGUUGUUAUUCCCCUUUUCCACAAUAUUUUACUAUAACAUACUUCAGUGGGUUGACAUAAUUCCAAUGUUACAUGUUCACUUGAACGUCUUUGUUUGGGAAAUGUUACAUAAAAAUACUUUGUAUGCUUAAUAUUUUACGCACCCCCUCUACACAGUUGUGUGAAAAAAGGGUGACCAAUAUAUACAUGAAAAUACUGUACCCUGUAUUUUGUGAUAAUUUUCAUGUUUUAUUCAGUGAUGUUAUGAGAUGAAUGAGUAGUCUUUGCAGGGUAAUAUGUUUCUCCUUUAUAGCAUUAAAACAAUCUCGAACCUUCUUCACCCUUUGAUUACACAAUGUUAGCAAUAGAAAUGAGAAGUGUUUCACUGAGCCUUUAAUAUUUUGCGGGGCAGUGGGGUAACUGGUGGUUAAAGUGUUGGCUCGUCACGCCGAAGACCCGGGUUCGAUUCCCCACAUGGGUACAAUGUGUGAAGCCCAUUUCUGGUGUCCCCCGCCGUGAUAUUGCUGGAAUAUUGCUAAAAGCGGCGUAAAACAGUACUCACUCACUCACUUUAAUAUUUUGCAAUGAACAGUGUCAUGAUAUACAUAUUGAAAUCGGCUAUUAUCCACACCAAACAUUGCGGACAUGUAUCUAACAUGGUCGAAAAUGUGAAAAUACCAAAUUCUUCUGGCAUGUAAGAGAUAAACCUGAUCCUGUUUUGUUAAUUAUUUGAAAUUAACUAAUUCUUUUUCUUUUUGUUAUAUCAAUUGAUAAUCUGUCCCUUGCGACGCAUGUGUUGAGUUUUCAUGUAUCAUGUUCUGUAUCAUAUCGCUGUCAUAUCAAGUUAUGCAUUGUAUCGGACAAUAGUGUAUUGUUACAGUUCUAAUAAUAACAUGUUCUAUUGUGAGGAUGUCAGUUGUACGACACGUUGAUUGUUGGGAUCAGACUUUGUACAUGUUGUUAUUCCUCUGAACAAAUGGCUGCAAUACCUGAAUCAACUGGGGGUGUUUAUAGUGCUGUGGUAUAUCAGACUGGUCGAGCUUGUUAUUGAAUAAAGUAACCACUUGUUAUUAAA